CCUGCGCGCCGGCUCUCAGCCGCCCUCCGUCCCGCAGCCGCCGCCAGCGCCGUGUCCGGCAGCAUGUUCAGCUGGGUCAGCAAGGAUGCGCGGCGCAAGAAGGAGCCGGAGCUGUUCCAGACGGUGGCCGAGGGCCUGCGGCAGCUGUACGCGCAGAAGCUGCUGCCGCUCGAGGAGCACUACCGCUUCCACGAGUUCCACUCGCCCGCGCUGGAGGACGCGGACUUCGACAACAAGCCCAUGGUGCUGCUCGUGGGCCAGUACAGCACGGGCAAGACCACCUUCAUCCGGCACCUGAUCGAGCAGGACUUCCCGGGGAUGCGCAUCGGGCCCGAGCCCACCACCGACUCGUUCAUCGCGGUCAUGCACGGGCCCAGCGAGGGCGUGGUGCCGGGCAACGCGCUCGUCGUGGACCCGCGGCGCCCCUUCCGCAAGCUGAACGCCUUCGGGAACGCCUUCCUCAACAGGUUCAUGUGUGCCCAGCUGCCCAACCCGGUGCUGGACAGCAUCAGCAUCAUUGACACCCCCGGCAUCCUGUCCGGAGAGAAGCAGCGCAUCAGCAGAGGCUAUGACUUCGCCGCCGUCCUCGAGUGGUUCGCCGAGCGUGUGGACCGCAUCAUCCUGCUGUUCGACGCCCACAAGCUGGACAUCUCGGACGAGUUCUCGGAGGUCAUCAAGGCCCUCAAGAACCACGAGGACAAGAUCCGCGUGGUGCUCAACAAGGCCGACCAGAUCGAGACGCAGCAGCUGAUGCGCGUCUACGGCGCCCUCAUGUGGUCGCUGGGCAAGAUAAUCAACACGCCCGAGGUGGUGCGGGUCUACAUCGGCUCCUUCUGGUCCCACCCGCUGCUCAUCCCCGACAACCGCAAGCUGUUCGAGGCGGAGGAGCAGGACCUGUUCAAGGACAUCCAGUCGCUGCCCCGCAACGCCGCCCUGCGCAAGCUCAACGACCUCAUCAAGCGCGCGCGGCUGGCCAAGGUGCACGCCUACAUCAUCAGCUCUCUCAAGAAGGAGAUGCCCAACGUGUUCGGCAAAGAGAGCAAGAAGAAGGAGCUGGUGAACAACCUGGGCGAGAUCUACCAGAAGAUCGAGCGGGAGCACCAGAUCUCGCCGGGCGACUUCCCCAGCCUCCGCAAGAUGCAGGAGCAGCUGCAGACGCAGGACUUCAGCAAGUUCCAGGCCCUGAAGCCCAAGCUGCUGGACACGGUGGACGACAUGCUGGCCAACGACAUCGCGCGGCUCAUGGUGCUGGUGCGCCAGGAGGAGUCGCUCAUGCCCUCGCAGGCUGUCAAGGGCGGCGCCUUCGAUGGCACCAUGAACGGGCCCUUCGGGCACGGCUACGGCGAGGGCGCCGGCGAGGGCAUCGACGACGCCGAGUGGGUGGUGGGCAAGGACAAGCCCACCUACGACGAGAUCUUCUACACCCUGUCGCCCGUCAACGGCAAGAUCACGGGCGCCAGUGCCAAGAAGGAGAUGGUCAAGUCCAAGCUGCCCAACACGGUGCUCGGCAAGAUCUGGAAGCUGGCCGACGUGGACAAGGACGGGCUGCUGGACGACGAGGAGUUCGCCCUGGCCAACCACCUCAUCAAGGUCAAGCUGGAGGGCCACGAGCUGCCCGCCGACCUGCCACCGCACCUCGUCCCGCCCUCCAAGCGGAGACACGAGUGAGGCGGCGCGGGGGGGCGGGGCCGCCCUUCCCAGCCCCAUAAAGACCGAGCGCGGGCCCCUCCGCUCGCUCGUGAAAAGGAAAGCCCCCAUCUUUCUUUGGAGGCCGGGCCCGGGCCCGGGGGGGCGGCCUCGGCCGCGGGGGGCGGGGUUCUGUGCACAGGAACUGUGGAUAUUUUAAUAUAUAACGUUAGAGGCAGUCUGCUGUCUGGCCGCCGCCUCCUGUGUCUGGCAGCCCCUCGCACCCAGGGCCUCGGCCUUCGUCCUCCCGCUGUGAGCGCAGGGGGCCCGGGGCCGGGUGCAUACAGAGGCUGAGUCCCCGAGCGUGGCCUCCUGGUGGGCGGCCCUGGCCCUGUGGCCCCCCAGCCGCCAGUCACAGGAGCAAGGGCAGCGCUGUCUUGUCUUUGGGGGGGUUCAGGGGAGGAGAGGGGGCCUUCCCGGAAGUGCGGGUGCUGAGUCUCGCCCCGUGGGUGCUGUACCUGGCCAGUCUUCCAGGACUUCCGGCCACUAUUCAGAACUGUGGUUUCCGUCUCACCUUGCCCAUGCUGCAGCCUGGGCCAGCUCCUCUGGGAGCCGGCGUGGUGUGGUGCGGGACUGCUCAGAGGAAGCCGGGGCUGAGCCCCCAGCCGCCGCCUGCCUCCUGCCAAGCAGAAGGUGGCCCUGGACAAGCCACGAGCGCCUGGGCCAGCGGCCUCCCUCCAUUCCGCCGCAGUGUCCACGCACAGCCUGGGGGCCCCUGGGCGCACGCGCUGGCUGGCUGGCUGGCAGCUGUCGGGGCGGCGGGCUCCCCAUGGGUGGGCUCCAGGGGGUCCACCCCACCUCGCCCCCCAGUGCUGCUCCGUAGGAGGCCUGGGUCUAGGUCCAGGAGCCGAGCGCAGCGUUAGGUGGGCUGGGUCACGCUCAGCCGGGGAGGAAGCUGACGGGGACGCUGGUCCUGGCAUUAAAGUGAGUUCUGCCUGUGUCGAA